AACGCCCUGGCGCUAGCGGUGCGCGGGUCUGGCCUGGCGGAGCGCCCGCUUGCUCCAAGCGGGUGGUUGGUCUGCGCGACUCUCGGACUCGGGUUCCUGCGGCGCAUGCUCGGGCUCGCGCCCCACUCGCCGGCUGUAGACCCACGCGCCCCGGUACGCUCUCCUGGUGCAGCCCGGAAUCCCACCUUGGACAUCUUCUCGGCCCGGCCAUGACGGCGCACUCCUUCGCCCUCCCGGUCAUCAUCUUCACCACUUUCUGGGGCCUCAUCGGCAUCGCGGGGCCCUGGUUUGUGCCGAAAGGACCAAACCGCGGGGUGGUCAUCACCAUGCUGGUAACCACUGCUGUCUGCUGUUACCUCUUCUGGCUCAUUGCCAUCCUGGCCCAGCUGAACCCCCUGUUCGGGCCCCAGCUGAAGAACGAGACCAUCUGGUAUGUGCGCUUCCUGUGGGAGUGACCGGCUCAGCUUCUGGCCCCAGGUUUCCCUGCUCUCUGGAUGACCUUGUCUGGACCGUCCCUGACGACCCCUUCAUCCUCACUCCACCCCCCCACCCCACUCCAACCAUGGCUGUGAGAACGUCCCUCAGUGCUUUCUCCUGCUGACAGCUGGGCCCACGCCCCCACUGCCUGGCCUAGUUCUAGGAAUUAUCAUCUUAACCCGGUCAGUCUGGCCCUCGCUGGGCGCUGGGGAAGGCUGGGGAAAGCCCUGAGCUCAGAGUCCGGCUGGAGCAGGAGCUUCUGGCCCUUUAAAUUCUCACUGCUCUAGAGUUUUCUCUCCCUGUCCAGUAGAUCCUAGCUGAGGAGCUGAUGAGAGUGGACCUGUCAUUUACAGCUGAGGCAGAGGCCAGGACUCGGCCCAGCCAGAGGAAGGACAUGUGUCCAGCAGGCCCUUAAGGAGAAGGGGCAUCCAGCCCAGGGUGCUCCAAGCCUGGGGUGGGGCUGGGUCAGAGGGAAAGCCCUGGGUGGGGAUUCAGGGGACCUGGCUGCCUUCCCAGCUCUGCCACCAUCCUUCUGUGUGCCAGCUCAGGUAAGCAUCUUCACUUCUGUGGGCCUCCUCGGCCAUGAAACAGAGGGCCUGUACCAGAUUAUGCCAAAGGCCUUUCCAGCUCUGGCACAGAACUAUUCUUUAAUUUCUGACACAUUUAGAUGUAAAUAUAUAAAGAUGUGGAAGUAAUGGGAAAACAUUCACAAAAAAAAGUGAAAUAGUAGUUUGAGUCAAGAGUGAAACCUACAUAUUGAGCAUCCUUUAUAAAGUCACUUAAAUUGGCUUGCUUAGAGAAGUUUUCUCUCCUCAGAAUAUUCUGUUCCACCUUCCUUCCCUCACUGGGCCUCCCCUCUGUAAAUGAGCUCACCCCCCUUUUCCAGAGCUAUUCUGUCAGUCCAUCUGUGAGCACAGCAGGAGUCAGAAGAAGCCAAAGUUGCAGCCCCUCCACCGACAGGCUAGAUUUGGCUUCAUUUGGGCCACGAUGGGUGGCAGCAUUCAGCCUCGCAGCCACAUGCAGGUGGUGUGGAGCUUGUGCUGAGGGAAGACAAGCCAGGUGUGGUGUGAGAUGCCCUCUCUGAGGCCAGCACCAGGUCUCUGCCCCCAAAUGAGGUGGAGGAUUGUCACCUGAGCUGACAAGGGCUGUGAGCCAGAGGAAACUUGGGGACCCACAGAGGGGGGAGGCGAGGCUGAGAGACGUUCCAUACUUGCAGAAAGGUCAGAGUUAAUUAGAACAGAGCCAAGGCUCCACCCCAUUAUCCAACUCCUAGCUGACAGUCUUUCUACUCUGCCACACUUCUCUCUAGAGGGAGGAAAAGCCAACCUCAAUUAUUUAUUGACUUUAUUUAUUAGCAUUUCCAAACUCCCCUUUAGUGGGCAUCAUUUUGGAAAGGCAGCAGACUAUGAUAUGAGCCUCACCAGGUUUCUUGGCUCUAAGCAUGGCCAUUCCUCAGAGCUCAGGUUGGGGCCCCCGUUAGCACCCCACCCACUAGCAAAACCCCACUCCAACCUUUCUUAUUCUGCCCCCUGUGGCCCUUCCUGUGGACUUGAGGGUGUGAGGGUGUGAAUUGUAUUGAAAACCCCAGCUUACGUUUAGUGAAUAGUGAGUGGUGGGAAAUUCACUGUGUUUGGUGGCAGAGUCCUGGCUGCCGCCCACCCACCCACCAGAUUCCCAUUUCCUCAGUGGGUUGAUUUGGAGGACAGCAAAGGGGGCUGGCAGCUCUGGAACAUGGACACUGAGAACGACAUUUUUCUGAGACAUGGAAGAAAAUACAGGCUCCUGCUCACUGUGCCAGAACCGUGGCCUGGCAGGAGGAGGAGCGAGGAUUUGUUCAGAGGGAACCUUGCCCCCCACUCAUCUGUGCCCUGGACUGUAGAGUGCAUGACUUCCUCUUGCAAUGGAAAGUGUGACUGUGCAAUAAAUCGGGUCUCCAACCUC